CUCUCCCUAACCUCUCUGCAAAUAAUUCUCCUUCCCCUUCACCUCUACUGUAAAAACCUCAAAAACACUUUGUGCCAUAACCUCUAUCUCUCUCGAGAAAACCUUCUCUGGAGAGCUCUCCUCAUCGCUUGGUCAUCACACCAGCACUUAUUCAUAUAAACUCUCUUCAUUUGCUUCCGCUUAUUUGGGAAGCAUGGAUUCUACUGUGAUGGAUAACUGGUGGUUACUCGCGGUGCCCGCGAAUUGCUUUCUUUUCUCAGCACUUAACGCUUUCCUCCUCGUGUUCUUUAGUUUCAUGGCGACCAUGUGCGUGUACUGGGCAUGGCCUGGGGGUCCAGCAUGGGGCAAAUACUGGAGUGCUAAAGGCUUGUUUAGACGCGCAGGCCCCACCAUACCAGGCCCGAGAGGCUGGCCCCUCAUAGGAAGCCUAAACCUCAUGACUGGCUUGCCUCACCGUCGGCUUCAAGCUACGGCUUCUCGGCUCGGUGCGGUCCGUCUCAUGGCCUUCAGCUUAGGCGAGACACGGGCCAUCAUCACCAGCCACCCAGAUGUUGCAAAAGAGAUCCUGAAUAGCUCUGCUUUUGCCGACCGUCCGAUCAAGGAGUCCGCUUAUGGGCUCAUGUUCCACCGCGCCAUUGGCUUUGCGCCAUACGGACCCUACUGGAGAGGACUUCGGAGGAUCGCUGCCACACACGUGUUCUCUCGGAAACAGAUCAACGGCUCCGAGCCCAGGAGACUGGAGAUAGCGGCACUAAUGACUGACGCUCUAGCUGAAGCGGCCAAAGAUGGAAGGGAUUUUAGGAUUCGGCGCCUUCUGAAACGGGCUUCGCUUAAUAACGUUAUGGCGACGGUUUUCGGGCGCCGUUAUGAAUUCGACCAGGCCGAGCCGGAAGCCGUGGAGCUGAGCCAGCUUGUUGAGGAAGGCUAUGAGAUUCUAGGGACCCUUAACUGGUCUGAUCACUUGAGCCUUUUGGAUGGCCUGGAUUUACAGGGCGUGAGGAGGCGAUGUUCCAAGCUCGUGCCACACGUAAACCGGUUCGUAAAGGGACUCCUCGAAGAGAACCGGGUAGGGCUCGCCGGAGAAACGGCAAACUUCGCACGUGUGUUGAUGUCUAUGGAGGGGAGCGAGAAGCUCUCAGAAGACGAUAUGGUGGCGGUGCUCUGGGAAAUGAUCUUCAGGGGAACAGACACAGUGGCAAUACUGAUCGAAUGGGCGCUGGCCCGCCUAGCCCUGCAUCCUGAUGUCCAAGCCCGGGUCCACGAAGAACUAGACAUAGUCGUCGGCCCGACUCGCCACAUCAGCGAGGCUGACCUCCCUAACCUCCCUUACCUCAACGCCCUCCUUAAAGAGACGGUACGCCUCCACCCCCCGGGUCCACUCUUGUCAUGGGCCCGACUCUCUACUGUUGAUACCACCGUGGAUGGCCGCCACGUGCCCCAGGGGACCACUGCAAUGGUUAACAUGUGGGCCAUAGCGCGGGACCCGUCCUUGUGGCCUGAUCCACUUGCUUUCAGGCCGGAGAGGUUUUUGGACGGCGAGGAUUUCAGCAUCAUGGGGUCAGAUUUGCGGCUCGCGCCGUUCGGGUCGGGGAGGAGGAGCUGUCCCGGGAAGGCUCUGGGCCUGAAAAGUGUCACGAUCUGGGUCGCUUAUCUUCUGCACGAGUUUGAGUGGAGGCCGUCCGAUAAAGAGCCGGUUGAUCUGACAGAGGUAAUGAGGCUGUCUUGCGAGAUGAAGCGCCCUCUCGCUGUAAAGCCCUGGCCUAGACGGAGGUAGGGGUAGGGCUACGAUAUCUGGUUUUCGGGUGAGGGCGAAACUGUAAAUUUUGUGUCCCAAAGCUGUGAAUUCUCGCGCACCCGCUCCUCUCUCUCUCUUCUUUUUCUUUUGAUUCUUCUUUUUGUUUUUGUUGGGAUUUCUGAGUUUCUUUUGAGGUUUUAUAUUUUACUGAUGUAAAUAUUCCAGAUGCAAAGGCAAUGGUGCUUGAAAAGAAGGUUCUCUUUCAGGAUGCUGUGUUUCGAUAAA